AUGCGAUACCAGGAUUGGGACGUAUUGCUCUUUCCGGCGGAGUCUCGAGUUCCGGUACAAGAGUUUGACACAAAGUGUUUUGCUCUGGACCAGAAGACGAACCCAAAUACCUUUGAAUCCAUGACACUCGUGCCCAGUAUGACUUGCUUCAUCACCAGCUUGGAGCACGGGACGCCGUUUCGAAUCUCAGUCCACAGCUGGCAGAAGCCAGUUGCCUCUAGCAUUCUACGCGCUUACAAGACACCGGAGGAGAAGACUGCUUUCGAAGCACGAAUCUACGUUGAUGGAGUUCUCCAGAGCCAGCGCUUAUUCGAUCAAGAAAAUGCAUGGCCCGAAGUGAUUGACUCUGGGAUACAAGGAGAACCGUUGCUCUUCCCUCCAUUCCAUAAAUCGGUCAUGCAACAACCGCACUGGGAGCCAGGCGAUGUCAUAGGACGGAUCAAGCUCGUGAUCGCUGAAGGUAUAAUUCGGGAAGAUUACACCAUGGUAGACUCAAACUUGAGGCUGGAUCGACUGCGAGAUGUCGUGUCUUUCUCAUUUCAACAUGCCCCCUUAGAUGUACUCCAGUUUUCGGGUAUUGCUUGGCCCAGUAUGCGCAUGUUUGGGAGGAUCAUCAAGCAACCGUCUCGGCCAGCACCUAUCAGCUCCAGGUUGCCCACCUCUCCCAUUCUCAACCACCAAUUGCAUUCUCACUCACCUUCCAAACCAUCCACUGUCAGAGCAGACACACGACCCCGGACCAAUUUCUAUGACGGGUUCCAACGAAGGCUCAAUGCCCAUGUUUCUCUCGGCCCAAACCCAAGACCCAGCAUUAGCUAUAUGGGCAAAUCUGGGUCACCAUCUGGGGCCGAGUUCUCAAGACUCCAGACAUUGGCUAGCGACGACCCCUUCACUGGGCCGCAGCCCAUUGCAACGAGAGUAUUGAAGGCUGGACUAAGGCGCAGCAGCCAAGAUAUAUCAAUGCCAGACUAUGGCACUGGUCGAGCUGAGCACAGCCGAUCGCAUACAUCCAUGUCUGGGGUUGAUUACCCACGCGAUGACUUCGUUAAACACAUGAUGCAAGCCAACCCCCGAGAGAUUGUGCAAAUACUAAGUCCAGCUCAACAGGCCCGAUUGAUGAAGGAACUCUGGGCUGAGAAUACUCCUGGACACGGGAUCCAUGCGCCGACCAAUUCACCCCGGUCAACUGGAGUUGCGACGCACUCACAGUUGCCAAUUGGCCGGAUUAGAGAUAGCCUGGGGAUGCUCGAGACAACGUCGCGAGGCUCGAGUCAUGGAACAAGUAACAUGGAAAAUCGAGCAGGGAAUGAAGAGAGUUGCGCAGAUCCGACAGCCGGGCACAGUCCAACAGACAUACCACCGAAUCUGGAACAAAAUACAAGUGAUGGUGCGAAUCAUGUGCAGCGACAACUAGACCCGCAUAAGGCAGCUAACUAUGCGGCAAACGAAACUUAUGCUGGUUCCGUUCGAAGUCGCUCUUAUUCGAGUGUGUCGAAGAGAAAGCGCAGCUCGACGUCCCCAGGCCGAGGAUUGGGUGAUGAAGGGAGAGGCAUUGCUAGGGUUGCGUCGUCUUCAUCGGAUAGAGGAAGCCUUGGGAAGGAUUCCAAAGGUACUCCUACGGACGGAGGUGUAUCAAUUUUGAAAUGA